GCAUAUUUGCAAACGAUAUUGAUCAGUGUAAAUGUUAAAAAUAAAUCCAAAAUCGAAAAUCGAAAGUUCGAGCGUUUGCCUUGGUUGUUUGGUUUUGGUUUGAAUGGAAUGCAUUCGUUGUUCUUAAGUUACUCAGAACAUUAUAUAGAUAUCGGGUUAAUUCGUGUGUGCAACUUGUAUCGUACCUAUAAUAUUGCAUUCCAACAAAAGCAAGAGCAAGAGAAUAUAUAUAAAUAUAUACUAUAUGUAAAUGUAAAGUCAUUACAAAAAUGAACAACUUUUCUGAAAAAUAAAAUGUAUAUUCAAAUA